CUCUCUUCCCAUUGGCUGAGAGGAGUCAGUAUAUUUCCUCACUCACAAACAAUGUGAGAGUGAGCAGAGGCAGAGUGUUCAGAGCAUUAAGAGGACAGACUGAGAGGCCAAGAAGAAAACUCUCAGCACAUCCACUGAAAGACUGCAAGAUUAAAAAACCCUACUGAAGACAUCAGGAAACCAAGAUGGCAGUCAGUUCAUUUCAUCGUGGGCAAUGGGCUUCACAGUCCUUGCGAGUUACAGCAAAGGAGCUCUCCAUUGUUGGUGUGCGAGGCAAAAACACGGCCAUUGCUGAGCGAUUUUCCAAGUACCAGAAGGCAGCAGAAGAAACAAGCUCAGACAAGAAAAAAUCUCCAGAGAAGUCGACUCCUUCCUCGCGCAACGGCAAUCUGAGUGUCCUAAAGCAGCUUUGGGAACAACCAGCCGAAACGCCUUUAUCUCCAGAACCCAAAACACACUCCAGACAGCAGGAGAACCAUCAGCGACAGCCUUUAGAUCCCGGUGUUAACCCCUCACUGGAGUCCACAGACGGCCAGCUUGUUGACCGCACAGAGACCGGGUUGUUGAGCGACAGUGACCAGGCGAUGGAGAAGUGGACGCAAAGAGAUGUGCCCAUCGAAAAGCCCACAGUGCCUCUCAACAGUCUGAAGAUGAUGUUCGAGAAAGGCGAGACCUUUCACAACAAUGUGUCCAGAGAGCCUGGGAAAACUGGAGACAGUGGAUCCGAGGACAUGGAAGAUAAAGAAAGUCUUGACUCUGGAGUCAAAGUAGAGUCCACUCCUCUCAGGGACCGGAUGGCCAUGUACCAGGCAGCUGUGACUAAGCACGAUUUCCCUUCCUCCCCCACCAGUGAACCAGCAGACAAUGAAGUCCGCAGUCACAGUGGGAAACAGAAGGAAAAUGUGCCGCCAGUGUCUCCUGAUGUGGACUCUGAAUCCAACACUAUGAAAAGUCCCAGUUCAGACAGGAAUGGCUCCGGUAUAAGUCCUGAACAAAACCAGCCUAAAACUGUUAGGAUGUUCCGUUUGCCUGUCCGUGAAACCUGCAUCAUGUGCCUUAAGACCGUGUACCCGCUAGAGAAACUUGUAGCGAAUCAGCAGAUUUACCACAACACCUGCUUCCGCUGUGCCUACUGCAACACUAAACUCAGUCUGUUGAACUACGCCUCUUUGCACAACAAUGUCUACUGCAAGCCGCACUUCUGCCAGCUGUUUAAGGCCAAGGGCAACUAUGAUGAGGGUUUUGGCCACCGACCCCACAAAGAGCUUUGGGAGGUGCGAGGAGAAGGAGCCGAGGAGCAAAUGAAGCUGUCUCCUCAAGAAACCACCUCCAGCCCAACCGUAGAGGAGUCUCCACUGGUAAAAGUUAACGUGCUUGCGGCCACUUUAGAGACCCGAACCCAGGCCAACUCUGAGAGGAUGGAGAAGCCACUGGAGACGGGGCGACUCAAGAUAUCCUGGCCUCCACAGUCUGAAGGGGAUGAGAGUGCAACCCAUGUGUGUGGAUCUGCAGAUGGCAAUGGCAUCAAACCCAUCCGCCCGAAAUGGCCUCCAGAGGGCGACACGGUAUCAAGCAACUCAGACCAAUCAGAUCUCCCAAAGAUCCGCAGGAGUGUCUCACUCAAGGAGAGAAGCAAGCCGUUCUCCAUCUUCAGCUCCGCGCCGGUCACCCAACCCAGCGAGAUUUGCCAAAGAUCUCCUUCAACUGAGAAGCCAAGCUCGGAGGAGGAAAUGUCACCCGUUUCUUCCACCACCGACACCGUGAUCUCUUCCGAGGACAUGACCGAGCACAACCUAUCAGAAGAGGAGGAACAAGGUGAAACCGAAACCAAGGAGGAACACGAUGAGGAAAAGAUGGAACAGGAGGAGAAAGUGGAAGCACAAGAAGAGGAACUGUCCUCUCUAAAAUGCAGCUCCCCAGACAACAGUCCAUCAUCGCCCGAAAGCGAGUCUGGGUUAGAUCCCGAGCAGAACCAAGCCUCACAAGAUGUGGGUUUUUGGGAUGGAGAAGAAGCUGAGGAAGACAGAGCUGAUGUCUCUGUGGAGGACCUCAUUAAGAGGAACCGUCAUUACUAUGAUGAGGACGAGGAUGAUGUGGUCUGAGUGAUAGAUUAGAUGUCCAUGAACUUUCGUUUUCCAGAAGCACCAGCGUAUUUUCAUGUAAUCUCCGUUUGUGGGUCUUUCUGUCUUUUGUGCAAUUUCUUCAUGUUUUCAGCUUAUACAUGUGCCUAUAAAUGUAAACAAACUAAAAAGCAAGUAGUUGGCAGGUUAUUCAUAAGGUUUCUCUAGUCUAGAUGAUACACUAGAGCUCUUACUGUCUCUUCAAGCCCAGUUUUAUGAAAUUUUAAUUCAUUUGGUACUUUUUCUCUGUUUUAUAUAUUAAUAGGCUGGAAUAUUUUACUCAGCUGCUGUUCAAUUUCAGAAAAGUUGCAUCUCUAAACAAUUUAAAAAAAAAAAAUUUUUUUUCUUUUUUUUUUUUUUAUUAGGCCAAUCUUAGUGUUCAAUUUAAGCACCCAUCUUUUGUUUUUUUUUUUAAUUUCACACAAGUGGUCGAUCACUACUGUAAUGCACUUGGAUGUACUUUAAAGGUUAAACACCCCCGGCUGUAUCACAUUUGAUAGGAUUGGCAACCUUUGAAUGUUUUAGUUUAUUGCAAAAUUGUAUUAUUUAACUAUUUUAAAUGUCACCUUUUUAUCAUGGGACCAAAUAUCUUGGAAUACUUUUGUUUUAAAUAAAUUUACUACUACAAAA